AUGCCAAAAAAAUCAAGCAAAGUCAAUAAUUCUGGUGAUGCUCCAAAAUGGGAGUACCAGUGCAUCUACUGCAAUCAAACCUUCUUCUCCGGUCGGGCUUUGGGUGGCCACCAAAAUGCUCACCGGUUUGAGCCCAGAGAGAAGAGAAGAACCCAUCACCUGCGUGUGCCGAUGCGAUACCAAUCUCUUGAUGGAUCAUCUGGACCUGCUGCUGCUGUCCACUCACCACCUUCACCACCUAAUUGGUCUGGUGGAUAUGGAAAUUUCCCCAUGACUGGCGGCCUUUGGCCGGCUGCUCCUCUCGGUCAUGGAAAUGGAUUUCCGGCUCCACCACCGUUGGCGGCUCAUGUUGAUCACAUGCAGCAUGCAAUCAAUGUGGCUCCGGAUUAUCCAUGGAAUGGUGUGGUGGGUAGAGUUGGGAUAAAUCGUGACUUAAAUGCUGUUGAAGUCACUUCCAAGAUGAGGGUGGAUAUGGAGGUGGACUUGGAGUUGAAGCUUUAA